AUGUCGGCGGCCGAUCGUCCCCCUACAGAAUGCGUGGUGGGCGGCGCGUUAUCGCUAGUGCUACGUGCCUCGAGAUGCUCAGGAGUGGCUCCGCUGAGCAUCACCGCCGCGGACGCCGGCUGGCGCGUCGCGGUGUCACCGCCGCUUGACGUCUUGCAGCGCGUUUUCAUGACUGCUCUUAAUCUCGUAUGCCUAGCAGCCCUAAUUCUAGACUUCCAAGAAGAUCCAAGCAAGCGUAUCCGCGUCGGGGAUUCCGCAGUGACGUCAUUUGUUUGGAUCGCCGACCUGGCCCUGGUCCUCGCCAUAGCGAGCCUGGCCGUGUACCGCGGCUCUGCCCGGAUGGAGGAAAUGCUACGGUUGCUGAGAGAGCUGCAGAAGAUCAAUACUGACCUAAAAAACACCGGAUGCGCAAAAGUGGAGAAGAUUGGUGCCAUCGUAAUGACUAGCUUUUUGAUCAGCACCAUAAUGAUUCAGUUUGCUGAGGUCUACCUCAAGACGAAGUUCUUCAUUGAUAAAGGAUACAAUUGGCCUAUAAUGAUAAUGUACAGUUCGUACUAUGUGGCAAACUAUAUGGGUCUGCUGGCGCGGCUACAGUGGGGCUACGUAGCUUUAGGAGUUCACGGCGCCGCGGCUACGGUCAACCAACGGCUACUGCGACUGCACCACGUGAAGUUGAAGUUUGAAGAAAAUGCGACGUUAGAAGCAUACCUGAGUCCUCCGAAGCCUGUAGUGGACUGCUUCACAGAGAGACAUUACGACAUAUCUCCUACAGGGUCGGACUUCGCUGCGUAUCCAUUGCAAGUUCAAUCCAUGGUUCGCCGUCUCGCUUCCUCGUACGGGCACAUCGGCGAGCUGAUGAGACAGAUGAACGAGAGCAACGGCACAAUUAUCAUAGCAAUUCUUAUGGCCGCGUUCCUGCAUCUUGUGGUCACUCCGUACUACCUGUUACUGACUUUGAUGUUCCCAUAG